AUGCCUGAUGCCAGCAGCUACCCCCCGCUCGCCGAGCGCCCGAUCAAGAACACCGUUGUUCUGUUCGAUGUCGACGGCACCCUGACACCGGCGCGUCUGCACGCCUCCAAGGAGAUGCUCGACAUCCUCCACCGCCUCCGUGAGAAGGUCGCCAUUGGCUUCGUCGGCGGCAGUGACCUCGCCAAGCAGCAGGAGCAGCUCAGCACCCCCGACGUGCCCGUCACCGACCUCUUCGACUUUGCCUUCUCUGAGAACGGCCUGACCGCCUUCAAGUCCGGCAAGAGCCUGCCCUCCAACAGCUUCAUCAAGUGGUUCGGCGAGGACCGCUACAAGGAGUUUGUCAAGUUUGUCCUGCACUACGUGGCCGACCUCGACAUCCCCAUCAAGCGCGGCACCUUUGUCGAGUUCCGCAACGGCAUGGUCAACAUCAGCCCCAUCGGCCGUAACGCCACCACCGAGGAGCGUCUGGCCUUUGAGGCCUACGACAAGACGGCCGGCGUGCGCAAGGCCUUUGUGGAGGCGCUGCGCGACAAGUUUGGCCAUCACGGCCUGACCUUCUCCAUCGGUGGCCAGAUCUCCUUUGACGUGUUCCCCACCGGCUGGGACAAGACGUACUGCCUGCGGCACCUGGAGGAAGACGCCAAGAAGCCCGGCGGCAUCGAGUACACCACCGUGCACUUCUUUGGCGACAAGACGUUCGAGGGUGGUAACGACUACGAGAUCUACACCGACAAGCGCACCACCGGCCACUCGGUCACCAACCCCCAGGACACCAUCGACGAGCUCAAGAAGCUGUUUGACCUGUAA